GACGGAAACAGUUGUGAGCAAGCUACAUGUAUACGCUGCAUGCACUGAAAUUUAUAAACAUGGAUGCGAUGAAGUUUAGAGAAGCUUUAAAUGGGAACGAAAGGGGAAAUGGACGUUGUAAUCUAGGAUUAUUUUCCCACAUCUUCUCUAUUCUGCUUUUUACAGUAUCGACCAUUAUUGACGCCAUACUUGCAGAAGAAUAUUUGUCCAGAGGAAUGCUUUCUCAAUUUCAGCUCACCAUGUCCGUCUUAGUGUCUUCUUCGAUAGUUAUUGGAGGGAUUAACAUGUUGUGGCAGACAAAGAUGAAAACGGAAAACAGUCCCCAAAAUUACUGUUUCUUGUUAAUUACCAUUCCAUACGCAUGUUUUGUGAGAGAGGUUAAAUAUAUAUGUGGUCACUAUGGGGACUGGAUUUGGGAUUUAUACGAGAUCCGACUGCUGAGAACAUACACGGUGCUUCUCUUCUCGCUGCCAUCGCUGCUAUUACAGAGUUAUCUUUCCAUGAUGGAUGAAACAAACUAUAUUCGAAGAACAACCAUGGGACUUUCAGUGAUAUUAAUCAUUUGGUUCUUGAAUGUCUGGUCAAACCUGGAAGAACCUACCUCACUUCCUCCCAGUCAAAACCUUCCAAAAAGGAAAAGGACAAGUCACAAAAUCGAGUGUGCAACAUCGAUGGUUUUAUUUAUUUUGAUUGGUGCUUUAAUUUUUAUAUCAUUAAGAUAUUUUAGGUUGAGCAUAAUGACCUGAAAGUCUUCCUUUUUCUAAUAUUGAUUCCCAGACAAAAUCAGUAUAUUAUAGCCCAAAGUUGGUAAAACAAAGCCGGCUGCAUGGAACCAAGAUUCAAAAUGGGACUAUCGCUUGGCUGUACUUUUGAAUUUAAUUAAUUUGAGACCCGGCAUGAUAGUAUUUUCAUAUUGGUGCUACAAUUUGUUGAUUAUUUUAAUUAAAUUUAUAAUAACACGUCAACUAACUUUUGAGGAGGUUUAAGAUAUGUUAAAGGUUAGAAAAGACAGAAAUGUGAGCUGUACUAAAGGAAUCGCCAUGCGCAUGCGUUCCUGAAAGGAAGCGUCUGAUAUUUGACCAAUGGACUCUCUUGUAGCAAAUGCUUUAAAUUUCAAGUAACUGGAAUCCUAUCGUGAGCAACACAUGCAUAUCUUGCAUUUGACGUACCAGACUAAAAGGACAUCAGUUUCAUUUGUGUAUGGAACCAUCUUCGCUCCGAGGCGUGCUUUGAGUGAUUUGGUGUCCGGGAAAUAUUAAAAUGAAU